AUGGAAGCGAUCAGAAAUGAUUUCUAUGAGCAGUUCAGUCACGUGGCUAUUCGCUAUUCUAAACAGCCCUGUUUGAUUACUGAAAAUGGAGAUGAAAUUUCUUAUAAAGUAUUGUCCAGUAGGGUUAACUCGUUGUAUGCUUCAAUGUGUCGACGAGGCGUAAGGCCAGGUCAAUAUAUAGGCAUCUAUCUGGAGCGUGGAACGAAUGUGUUUGUUAGUAUCCUAGCUUCACUUGCCUGUCGAACUCCGUUUCUUCUUCUGGAACAUUCGAUUCCUUCGCGUCGUUUAAAAGCGAUUCUCGACGAUGCCAAGCCAAUAGUUAUGAUAACUGAAGAGUUACUUGAAUGCAAUUUGCAAAAAUUUAUCGAGCCAGACAGAAUUUUUCGACCGAACAAUGAGUGCUACGAGUCGGCACCAUUUACUCCAAAUCGACCUCCGUUUCAACCCAACGAUCCUCUAUAUAUUAUGUACACAUCGGGUUCGAGUGGAACACCGAAAGGUGUAAUAGUAUCUCAUCGAGCCAUCUGGAAUCGAUUCAAAUGGAUGUGGAAUGCAUAUCCAUGGACAGCAAAUGAUCGGCAAUUGUGGAAAACAUCAGUUACAUUUGUCGAUAGCAUCUGGGAGAUGUUGGGUGGUCUUUUGCAAGGAAUACCUACCGUAAUGGCGUCAAGUGCCGUGUCUAGUGAUCCAUUUUCUCUCUCCUAUUUGAUCGAUCGGCGGCAAGUUACUCGACUAACAGUAGUUCCUACUAUGCUAUCAUCGAUUCUAAAAGCUUUUCCUGAUAGUACUACGUGUAAAAAGCAGCUUCGGUCGCUCAAGUUAAUCAUUUUCAGUGGUGAAAAAUUAACAAAGAAUGCUUGUGCACUAUUUCGUACAUUCCUACCACAGGUCAUUCUACUUAAUUUGUAUGGCUCCACAGAGACAGGUAAUGAUGCCACGUAUCACGAAAUAACCGAUGCACUAAACUAUAGUCAAUUUGAAUCGAUCCCCAUCGGGAAACCCAUUGGUAAUGUUGAUUAUGCUCUUCUUAAUUCGCAAGGCCAAUUAUCAACAGAUGUUGGUGAACUUUUGAUCGCAGGUGAAUGUUUGUUUACGGCCUAUCUUAAUUUACCAGAAUUGACAGCAUCGAAACAUAUAUCAAUCGAUGGCAAGACUUAUUUUAGGACGGGUGAUUUAGUACGUCUUGAUCAAACAACCCAAAUGCUCAUCUUCUUGGCUCGAGUUGAUAGUCAAAUUAAAAUUCGUGGUUGUCGCGUUGAACUUGAAGAGAUUGAAACGGUGCUCAAUCAACAUCCGGCCGUAACUGCUAGUGGAUGUUUCGUCGCUAAAAUUGACAAAGAGCAACUCGUUGCUUUUUAUACUAGCAACAAGUUAGUUGAACAUGAUGAACUUGUUGAUUGGUUGAGCUCAAGUUUGCCAUCUUAUGCAUUGCCAAAAAGUUAUAUUCGUGUCGAUACAAUUCCAUACACAACCACGAGUAAGCUUGAUAGAGCUCAACUGUCUGUACUCUAUGCAAGAUAUCAGUCUGAAGUUAACGGUGAAGCAUUCAAUAGCACCGAUGAUAUUCAAUCUUUAGUCUUUCCUAUGUGGUGCAAAAUAUUGGACGUUGCUAAUGCCACCGAUGCAAGAACUAGAACAUUUACACAACUCGGUGGUCAUUCACUGUUGGCAAUUCAGAUCCAACGUGAGCUCUACUCUCAUUAUCAUGUGCACAUACCGAUCCGGCACUUUUUUGCAAAUCUUACUCUGCUUGGUUUAUGCAAACUGGUAGAUGAGCAAAGUGCCAUUGGAAAUAUGUUUCCCUGUCAAUCCGCACCCGCAAGUACAUUACGUGAGACUGAAUUCCCUACAGUGGUACCACUCAGUGUCGGUCAACAAGGCAUUUGGAUCGAUGAUGAAAUGUCUAAUGACAUAAAAGCAAAAUAUAAUAUUGAAGCCACAUAUAAAAUUGUAGAUCAACGUAUCACAACGGCAUUCGUGCUUGAAGCCGUUCGACUACUGGUUGAACGGCAUCACUCUUUGCGUACUGUCUUCGAGCGCGACCAUCAAGGCAAUAUUGUUCAAGCAGUUAAGCCAUUAGUGAUGAACACUGUCAACGGUACACCAAUUCUAAUCGUGCGUGCUUUUUCAGCCGAGCAGCCUAUUGAACUAGAAUUGACUCAAUUUCUCUGUCAAAAGUUUCAAUUAGAGCAGUCAAAACCUUGCUUUUUGUGUUACUUAAUCACCAUUGAUGAUCGACCACACGUUCUGAGUAUGAUCUUUCAUCAUAUUAUCGUUGACGGCUGGUCUAUUGGUGUGAUUAUUCAUGAGCUUAACCAAAUUUUGCAAGCUCUUAUCGAUAAAAUCGCUCCAAAUCUAUUCCUACCACCAAUACAGUGGCAGUUUCAUCAAUAUUUGAUACAACUCAACACAGCGAUGUGGGAAAAGGAUGUUGCUUAUUGGAAAGAAAUACUGAGCAAUGGAACUGCUAAUUAUGCCAUUCUUCCACUUGAUCGUCAAUCAGGAUCAGAUAUCGACGGAUCGACUUACUUCUGUGAAAUUUCCCCUAAGUUUGCCUCUCAACUUCAUCUCAUAUGCCAAACCAUGGAUGUCACACCAUUUAUGGUAUUAUUGAGCACUUUCAGUGCAUUAAUUGCUCGCUAUACUGGCAAUUGGGAGGAUAUUAUCGUUGCUACACCAGUUUUCAACCGUUAUUUUGAAGAGAUUGAACACACAGUAGGUCUCUUCGUCAAUACAUUACUCAUGCGAUUUGACCUAAGUGCUGAUCCAACAUUUCAUGAGCUAGUCGAUUAUGCCAAGAAAACAGUACUAGAAGCAUUUGAACAUCAACAAGCACCCUUCGCCUAUGUCACAUCACAACUUGAACAACUUGAGCGUGAUUCACACGCGUCGAGACUGUUCCAAGUGAUCUUCGCCUAUCAAAAUGUCGGAGAAAAAGUCAAUUCCAGCCUAAUGAGUAAGAUGCGUGUAAUAGAUCCAACUGCCAAAUGUGAUUUAGAAGUCCAUGUGUGGGAAGACGAUCAAGGGGGAUUGUCUUUACAAACUCAGUAUCGGACGAAUCUAUUUAAAGCAUCGACCAUAGAGCGACUCAUUUGUCAUUGGCUGCAACUCUGCGAAGCUGCCUUUGCCAGUUUAGAUACUCGUAUGAGCCACUGGCCCAUGAUGACCGAUGACGAACAAACACGUCUCAUCAACGAGUUUUCCUACCCAUCGGUUAGCGAUAGUCAUCAGCCGCUAGAAAAAACACUGUGCCAAUUGUUUUGUGAACAAGCAAAUGCUUGUCCAGAAGCGAUUGCAAUCGAACAUAAUGGUCAAAUAAUAUCAUAUGCUCAACUCUGGAAAAACAGUAUUCAAGCUGCCUCUACAAUAACACGACGCUUACUGGCAGCAAACCGUGGUGAUGAGAAGCUAUGUAUCGCCAUAAUGGCUUACCGUUCUAUUAAGGUAGUGCAGACCAUGUGGUCUGUUCUACUUGCCGGUCACUAUUAUAUCAAUAUUGAUCCAGAUCUGCCAUUCGAACGCAAAGCAUGGAUCCUACGGGAGACCCAUGCUUUUAUGUUAGUGACCGAUCUUGUUGAUACCAUUGAUGAGGACAGGUUCAAAUAUGCAAUACCGAUAAUAACUCAUACAUCACUGUUAAAUACAGAUGUGGCAUAUGACAUUGAUUCAGUACAGAAUGCAGAAGCCAAGGUACUCAUGGCACCGAAUGAUCUCGCCUAUAUAAUUUUCACGUCCGGUUCGACAGGCAUACCAAAAGGUGUAUGUGCGACGCACAAGAACAUCAUAUGUCGUACGGUGGGUGUUGGCUGCCAUUCAAUAAAGCCUGGCUAUCGUGUAGGUCAAGUGUGUUCUUUAAGCUUUGAUGUAUCUACGUUUGAAAUAUUUGCUACCCUUUUGAAUGGAGGUACUCUUGUGAUUGUCGACUGCACAGCGAUUGCAUCGUGUUCAGCACUGGAAGAGCUUCACCUUGAUAUGCUCAAUCCACCAACAGCCGUUUUCAAUAUACUUUCAAAGCAAGCCGAAAGCUCUACUUUUUUCCCCACACUAAACUCGGUUAUUUUCGCUGGUGAGAAAGCCAACCUCAAAUGUGUACAAGCAGUCAGUCUGCAUCCACCAUUGACACUAAUGAAUGGCUAUGGACCGACUGAGACUACACAUAACGCGCUCUGUUACACUGUUACGUCUGAUGUUUCGCAAAAGUACUUCAUUCCCAUUGGUCGACCAUUGCCUAAUACACAAGUGUACGUGGUCGAUAAUUAUCUCCAGCUGGUACCGAUCGGAGUGCCCGGCGAAUUACUAAUAGGUGGCGCGGGUGUUAGUGCUGGAUACUUCAACGAUGCUGCCUUAACAAUGAAAAAAUUUGUACCUAAUCCAUUUGUAUCAAAAAAUAUUAAUGAAGAGUGCGAGCUCAUAUAUCGAACAGGCGAUACAGUACGUAUGCUAGAGGAUGGUAAUGUCGAGUUCCUUUAUCGAAAGGACAAUCAAGUCAAGAUACGCUCUCAGCGAAUCGAAAUAGGCGAAAUUGAGACUCGCCUAUUGGAAAUAAAAGCGCUAAGUGAAGCUGUCGUUAUUUUGCGCAAUGAUAUUCUGGAUGACGCUACUGAUGAUUCUCAACAUAUAGUAGCUUAUGUUGUUCCAAGGGAAGGAUUUCACAUUACCGAAGAUGCCAUUCGUUUUCAUCUGGCUCAAUGGUUACCACAUCACAUGAUCCCAUCAUUUAUUGUCAUUCUCGAAAAAAUGCCAAUAAAUUCGAUUGGAAAAAUAAAUCGAAAAUUGUUGCCCAAGCCGACGAUAGACAAGCGCGUGAGUACCACCGUAUUCAACAUAUUGACGAGUGUACUUAAGCAGCCGGAAUUUCCUCGGACGGCGAAUUUCAUUCAACUGGGGGGUCAUUCUUUGUUAGCGAUGGAAGUUGUUGCCCGCAUUCAUCGUGCAUUCAACAUUAUAACAUCCGUUCGCCAACUAUUUCAGUGCAUGACUCUAGAAGAUUAUGCUAAUCAAAUUGAACAAACAGUCGCGUCGCAAGAAUUAUCCAUUAUAUCGACAAUGGCAACAUCGACUGAUGAAUUUUCUACGGCACGUCAACAGCUUCCACUGUUGCCAGCCCAACGGCAAUUUUGGUUCUUGUGGAAAAUGAAACCGAAUAACCCGUGCUACAAUGUGCCUGUAGCGCUUGAUAUCAAUGGAGAUUAUGACCAGACUGUACUUUUCUCUGCUUUGUACAAACUUAUGACCCGACACGAGUUAUUACGUACGGUAUAUAAAGAGGACGGCGGUGGAUCUGUUUGGCAACAUAUUCUAGCCCAAUGGAUGGUACCACUAAUAGAAGUCAACCUUAAUGAUUUGAGCCAACUGACCGAAAGAUUACAGUUCUAUGCUAGUCAGCCAUUUGACCUCAACAAGGGGCCCGUAUGCCGAUUUGUCAUUAUCCAUAUACAUGAUAUACCUAAUCAUCAUGUACUUUUAGUCAAUUUUCAUCAUAUUCUAUGUGAUGGCUAUUCAAUCGAAUAUUUUCUUGAUGAACUUGCUAGAUUCUAUGAUACAGAAAACAAUGAUAAAGCAUCACGUCAAUCGGUCAGUUCUCUUAUUCACUUCAUUUCCAAUCAGUCGAAAAACAAUAACAAAGAUAAACUUACAGCCAUAGGUAACAUUCCACAGCUUGACCAAAUAUUACUCCUAUUGACUGAUCUCUUUUGUUAUGUUUUUGUAGCUACAAUGGUUGAACGCAUAAAAGGUCAUCAAAGACUACCACUAACAAGUGAUAUGACCAUUGAUAAGUCUAAAAAUUCAGUCGAACUGAACCAUCCAGCUUACAUAUCAUAUGUCGACGUAAUUCCAAUAUUAGCCGAUAAGCUUCGAACACUAUCGAAAACCUUUGGCUGCACAUUAUUCACUCUACUUCUCGCUCUCUAUAAGUGUGUCUUGAGUGUGUUUAGCAACGAUCACUUAGAUAUUCUAGUAGGUAGCGUACUAUCGACGAGAACAAGUCAAGAUAAUUCGAAAGAUCUGUUUGCACCGUUGAUAAACACUCUGGCACUGCGCACGAUUCUGCCUGAAGAUGAUCAUGCUUCGAUGACUGAUAUUGUAGAACGUGUCAAAGAAACUGUAUUGAUCGCAAUAGAAAACCAAGCUUGUUCAUUUACCGAUAUUAUCAGUCAUUUACGCUCAAUCAAUGAAUUAAGAGGCGAGCAAAAGCAGCCGUUUUUACCACUAUUUAGAGUCCUCUUCGAAAUGAACUUCUACAAUCUUUUGGAUUGGCACUAUGACUUCAAAAAUGGUAGCAGAUGGGUCAUCAAUGCACAGUCCGAUUCCUUAUUACCAUUCACAAAGUCUGACAUUGAUAUGCAUGCGUCAGAAAAAGGUCAAGGUUCACCAAUUGACAUAUCAUUCCGUGCAAAUACUCGCCUUCUAUCAACAAAGAGCAUUGAAAAACUAGCGCAAUGUUAUGCAGGAGCAAUCGAGCUAGUCAUUCGGGAACCUAAUUGUACAAAAAGUUAUCUCUGGUCUGAACUACAUAUGAUUCGUUCGGGUUUAACAAUUCAUGAAUGCUUCAUUGAUCAAGUUCAACGGAAUCCAAGCCAAAUAGCUAUCAUUCAGGGAGACUUACGAUGGUCAUAUGAACAACUUCAUCGUCAGGCGAUGUUAGUAGCAAUCUCCCUUCAAACGACAUACUUCCUCCAUCCGGGUGCUCUUGUUGGCUUAUGCAUGCGUCGCUCGGCAGAUCUCGUUGCGUCGAUGUUUGGCGUGCUCACAGCAGGUGCCACAUACGUCUAUCUGGAUCCAGCACUACCUGUACAUCGCAUUCUGAAAAUGAUUGAGCUUGCAUCAUGUAAAUUGGUUCUAUGUGAUGUAGAUGGAUAUCAAGUUCUAAACAGUAGUAAUAACAACAUUACCGAAUGUUCUCUCAUCAAUACACUUGAUCAGGUGAAAUUAGACAACAAAAUGUUGCAUGCAUGUGUGAAAGUAAAACCGACCGAUGUUUGCUACGUAAUUUUCACGUCGGGUACGACAGGUGAACCAAAAGGCAUUCGAAUUCAGCAUCAAGCUGUCGUUCGACGUACGCAUAUGCAUGACUAUUUGCGCAUUACACCUUCCAGUCGAGUAGCACACGUCAGUUCCUGUAGUUUUGAUGGCUAUAUUCUCGAGCUAUACGCAGCACUUCUUAAUGGUGCAAGUGUUGUAGUAUAUGAUCAUACUUAUACAGUGGAACCCAAACUCCUUGGUGAUCUAUUCAGAAUUGAUAAAAUUACCCAUGCAUAUCUUCCAACUCCAAUAUUUAAUAUGAUGGCUGAAUAUGUACCGAGCGCAUUCUCUGGCAUGAUUAGUGUUAUGUCAGCUGGCGAUCGAGCAAACGCGAAACUUAUGCGUCAAGUACUUCUACAGAGUCGACCACCACCUCAACAGUUGGUCAAUGCCUAUGGUCCCACAGAAACCACAUGCAUUUCAACUUGGUACUAUGUCACAUUGCCGGCAUUAAACAAUAUAAUUGCACAUGGACUAUCUGUUCCCAUUGGUACCGCUUUACCGGAUACUCCAAUAUACAUUGUUCGAUCAAAUACACUCGAGCUUGUCGACGAAGGUGAGCUCUUGAUCGGUGGCUUUGGCGUCAGCCAUGGCUAUUUAAGCUUACCGGAACAGACGGCUGCAAAAUUUAUUGCUACGAAUCCUUUCUCGACUACGGAUCAACGUCCUCUCUAUCGAUCGGGCGAUUCCGUUCGCCGUUUGUCUGAUGGUAAUUUAGUUUUUAUUGGUCGAUACGACAAUCAAGUGAAAAUUGAAGGUUGUCGCAUAGAGUUAGCUGAGAUUGAAAGUAAUAUCAAGAAUCAUCCGGAUGUACUCGAUGCCGUGGUUAUUGUACGCAGUGAUAUAGUUAAGGAUGCCCAAACCAUCGUGGCUUAUGUCAAACCAGAGAUUGUAUCACCAACCGCUAUCAAACAUUAUCUUAGUAAAAACUUGCCGAAGUAUAUGAUUCCUACGUUUGUCAUACCAAUUGCUACUCUGCCUCUUGUUGGCGGAAAAAUCGAUCGAAAUAAUUUACCGAAACCGAAUAUGAGCGCUGACGUUGAUAAAGACAACAAUAUGAUCAUUUCAACGAAAAAAACUUCGUACAACAAAAUAGAAGAUGUCUGGCACCAUAUUCUUGGACACGACCGAAUUUUCAAGCCUCAAGAUGACUUUUUUCAAUCGGGUGGUACAUCUUUUAGUGUCGUUCAGCUACAUGCCAUGCUCGAAGUCUUAUUUGAUAUCAAGCUUGAUAUUAUAAAGUUGUUCGAGUACACGACAAUCGAAAGUCAACUUCAAUGGAUUGUUCCAUCCAAAACAAUAGAUCAAUAUGAAAACAUCCAAGUUCCAAUGAAUACAAUAUCCCCUUCCAUUCGUGUUCAACAUCAGUGUUUUACGAAUGAAGAUAAAGAAUGCAUUGCAGUCAUCGGAAUGUCGGCUCGAUACGGAACAGUAGAAACAAUUGAAGAUCUAUGGACGAUUCUUUGUAAUGGAUCUGAUCUAUGUACACACGUCUCGCAUAAUGAAUUGCGUCAACAAGAACAUAUGGCUGAGAUGCUCAAGCUCAAUCCUAAUUAUGUGCAGGCACGAUGCGUGAUGCCGAAUGCCAAUUGUUUUGAUCAUAUAUUUUUCGAUAUGACCAAACGCGAUGCUGACAUCACGGAUCCACAACAUAGGAUAAUGCUUGAGACUGCCUAUGAAGCACUGGAGGAUGCAGGACUUGUGCCACAAAAUUUUUCUGGUACGAUUGGCAUCUUUGGCUCUACGUUCCGAAAUACGUACGCUGAAACUUGCGGCUUAUUCAAACCGUAUACAAUAGAUAGUGAUUCCUCGUUAUCAGUUAAAAGUACGACUCUUGAUCCAGCUUCGAUUUUGCGCGUCGAGAUUGGUAAUAUGGCAGAGGGUGCACCAACAUUCGUUGCUUACAAACUUGGUCUAACAGGACCAGCAAUGGCAGUGCAAACAGCAUGCUCCUCGUCUGGUACUGCCUUACAUGUCGCAUUGCGUAGCAUUGAAACAGGCGACUGUGAUGUGGCUCUCGUGGCUGGCGUGUGUAUCGACUAUCCUCUUGAGGCCGGCUACAACUAUCAGCCAGGUAUGAUCAUGUCCAAGACAGGCUAUUGUCGUGCAUUCGAUGCAAGAGCCGAUGGUGCUGUGAGCGGUGAUGGUGCCGGUGUAAUUGUCUUAAUGAAAUUACAAGAAGCAAUUCUUCUCGGUUAUUCGAUACGCGCAUUGAUUAUUGGACAUGCUAUUAACAACGAUGGGUACAAAAAGAGUUCGUUCUCCAUCACUAAUCCAGAUAUGCAAGCUGCAUGCAUGAAAAAAGCGCUUAAAAUGGCCCAAAUCGAAAGACCGACUUAUGAGAUAGGUUUUGUUGAAGCACACGGACCUGGUAUCCCUCUCGGUGAUCUACUCGAAGUUCAAGCACUUACAAAAGCAUACGAUAACAAUAGCACAUCGGCAUCAAAAAUCUAUCUUGGUUCAAUUAAAACCAACGUGGGACAUACUGGUCAUGCUGGAACACUUGCUAGUUUGAUCAAAACUAUUCUCAUUCUUGAAAGUGGCAAGAUUCCACCAACUGUAUAUUUCCAACAAUUUAGUCCGCUCAUUGCUCAGUUGAACCACCCAUUUAUAGUAAAUUCGACAUGUGUGAAUUGGCCGCAAUCACCACGUCGAGCUGCUGUCAAUACCCUAGGACAGGGAGGGACCAAUUCCCAUUUUAUUCUUGAACAGUUUGUGCCAAAAACAAAGAAUGAACUUAGUCAUAUGCCUAGUCAACAGAUUUUUGUAUUCAGUGCCAAAGAUUCGGAUGCACUGAAUCAAGUCAAACAUCGACUCGCAGCUCAUCUGUCAAAAUUCAAUUCGACUCAACGUGAUCGUAUCGCAUAUGCAUUGGCUUUUGGUCGUAUGACUUAUAAUGUACGUGGCUUUAUUGUGGCGUCGUCGAUUGAACAACUGAAACAGAAACUUAUUGUGCCACAGCACGAUGUGAGACAGUAUGAUACACCAAUCAAUAUUGUGUUUCUUCUGCCAGGACAAGGUACCCAAUUUUUUGGCAUGGCCUAUGAUCUCUAUACAAAUUAUCCCAUAUGCGCAAAGAUCAUCGACCAAUGUUGCAAUUUCAUUCAAAAUUCUGCCAUUCGACAAAUGGUGAUUGAUAGUCUGUUGAAAACAAAAGAAGUUUCAUCCCUGUCUAACUCAUCCAUUCAAUACUACGCGCAACUGUCUGUAUUCAUCGUCGAAUAUGCUCUAGCAAGUUUGUUUAUUGCAUUGAACGUAAAACCAAACUUUUUCAUUGGUCACAGCACUGGCGAAUUAGUGGCGGCUUGUCUUGCACAAGUGUUUACACUUGAGCAAGCCAUUUGUUUCCUCGAAUAUCGUUGGGAGGUAACGGUAAACAUACCAUCGUCACAUGGCUCAAUGCUUGCUGUACACAUUGAUGAGGAUGUUGAACUACUACAACGAGAGUUUGAUGUUGAAAUCUCCGCUAUUAAUAGCAAGAAUCAGUAUGUUUUUUCGGGUACGCAUAGCAACAUAAAGCGUAUGGAAGAGCAACUUCGUUUACAAUAUCCUACAAAUAAGAUGAAGAAUCUUCAGAUAGCCAGUGCUUUCCAUUCGUCAUUCAUGAAUUCUGCAUGUGAGAAACUGGAAAAAUGGAUGACCUGCCUUGUAUUAAAGGAACCCUCGUUUCCUAUUGUUUCAACUGUGACUGGUAUGUUGACUAAAGUUGGUGAGAUGACGAGCAUCGACUAUUGGAUCUCCCAUCUGAAAAAGCCCGUUUUGUUUGGUCCUGCUGUUGAGAAUCUACUGAUGAAUUCGGAUAAACCACUAUUGUUCGUUCAGGUUGGACCGGGUAAAAACUUGCUGUCACUUGUACAAAACAUCGAUUCGAAUUCAAAGAUUGCACCACCUACUUUGCUCGAAAAUGAAGGUGGCGGUUCGGUUCUCAAUUGCGUCGGUACGUUAUGGUCCCAUGGGGCAACCAAAGAUAUUCAUUGGACGGCUCUUUUUCAUUCUUCUCAUAUGCAUCAUAUUUCUCUGCCAAAAUAUCCAUUCAAGCGAGUCGUUUGCUUCGCAGAUACACAUCAGAUAACGACUCACAAGAAUUGGUUUUCACAAAGCAGAUCGUCAUGCAUGUCUCGCGCACUUGGUUACACUACAACUUCAUCUCUGAAAGCAUCCAUUUCAUCGAAAUCGAUCUCUAGUAGAGCACCAUGGACAGUUCGAAAGUUAAAAAAUAACACUGAGUGCAGCUCCACUAUCAAAUUAAUUCAAUUCGAUUCGAAUACAAACUUUGAUUCAGAAGUCGCGAUCGAUGUUUGUAGUCUUCGACUCGGGUUCUCUACAUCGAUUUUUACUCGAGCAUUAUACUUCGAUGCGAUUCAAGACAAGAUGAUCAAGCCUGAAACUCUUUUGAUUGACCUGUUCCCUGAAAGUUUAUUGAACGAUUUACCUGAUCAUGUAACUCGUUUAACACUACAACAGCUGGCUGAUGGAUCAAGUGGCCUUGUGCUAUCAUCGUGUGAAUCAGUGCAAGAUUUGCUGAAUUCACUAGUUUCUUCCACUACGAGUCAUAAGUCAACGAACGACAACUCGGACAUAAUUGGCAUGUCACUUUUAGGACAUAGUCUGGCUGCCAUUAAUGAAAUGUCAUAUAGCGAUUUGGUGCAUGAAAAAUUUAUACGACCCUUACUCAUGUGCAGUACGAGUAUUUCCGGUAAUGAAGCUUAUGCACCUGCUCUGGGUUUGCAAAGCACGACUAAGGAUAUGGGGCGCCUGUUAAUGGCAGCUUAUGGAACAAGUACGAAUACCGAUGCAUCUAUUCGAAAAUCAAUACAAAAAGCAUUCGAGAAUUAUUCUGUAUCUCUUACUGGUACUGAACAGCUCGUUCCUGUACUCCACAUGAACACCAAUCAAGCGCUUCUUAUAAUUUCAAUUGACCAUGUGAAGAAGUCUAUGCUCGAAUCUAUUGUAGAGAAAACGUUUGGAGUAGUAUCACCAACCAAUAUCAGUCAUAAAGAUGUAUCAGACUACACGAAUAUAAUUAUAGAGUGCCUACGACAUUUGAUGGGAAACAGUACGAGCAUGUUUUCUGUUACUACACCUUUCGAUCAACUUGGUGUUGAUUCACUUCAAGCCAUCACUUUGGUGGAUGUACUAUCUCGCCAGUUAGAAAAUGAACUUCCAGUAGACAUUAUUUAUAAAUAUUCAACGAUUGAGACACUCUCUCACGAACUACAAGAACGGGCGAAAUUAGCUAAUUCUACAUCGAUUGCAUCACCAGGUAAUUAUAUUCUCGAUAUUUGCACUGGUAUGCCCAAAGUGUAUCACUCAGUAAAUGAUCGUUCACUUUCUGCCCUACUUCAAUUUAUCACACACAAGAAGUCACAACUGUUGAACGAAUUGACCGAAUAUGGUGCUCUUCUUUUCCGCCAUUUUGAUGUAAUUACAGCCAACCAUUUCGCUCAGGUCGCUCAAGCACUCGCAAUCACACAUAAAUCAUUUCUAGACUACAAGGACGGUAUCUCGAAACGUACUCAUGUUAUGAGCAACGUCUUCACAUCUACCGAAUAUCCAAAGCAUGUUGAGAUGGCUCUGCAUAACGAAAUGUCAUAUGCUACUGAGAUGCCUUCUCAAAUUUUUUUCUUUGCAGAAAUUCCACCGGCACCUGGUUGUGGUGGUGAAACUCCAAUUGGAGAUUCUCGAGAAAUAUACCGAUCUAUUGAUCGAAAAAUACGUAAUGCUUUUGCCAACCGAAAAAUUCUGUACGUGCAUAAUAUGCCCAAUCUCGGUCAAGGCUUAGGAAAAUCGUGGCAAGACACCUACCGAACAGAAUCAAGAAAGGAGGUGGAAGAGUUUCUUUGCAGCAGACAUAUCGAAUUUUCUUGGCAGCCUGAUGGGAGCCUUCGCACAAUACGUUCAAUGGAGGCUGUCAAAAGGCAUCCAUUGACGGGCGACUGGCUUUGGUGCAAUCAUGCUCAUCUGUUUCAUCCGAGCGAUUUACAGCCUGAGCUUCGGCGUACACUCGAGUCACGACUCACACCUGUGAACAUGCCUAAAAACUGUUUUUUUGCUGACAACGGAGAAGUUAUACCGGAUAACUACUUAACACAUGUGAGACAUGUAUUACAAGCUCAUCAAACGAAAUGGUCUUGGGAGCGGGGUGACGUACUUUUAUUGGAUAACUAUCGUGUUGCUCAUGGACGAGCGGCAUUCAGUGGCGAACGCCGUAUAUUAGUUGCGAUGUGCUAG